AUGGGGGGAAAGAGGAAGAAGAAUGACGAUUCAGAUGUGGAAGAAUCAAAGGCAGUGUCUUCGAACAAGAAGACACGAACGACGGAGAAGAAGGACCAACUACGUCCUUCUAUGAUAAAGAACAAGGAGAAGAGAUCGGAGGUGCACGCGAAGCUGAAGCACCAGAAGAAGCUCGAUAAACGCGCUAAGGCUAAAACUCGUGACGCUGCUCUCAAGAGAGCUCUCGAGCUCGGUGAAGAGCUUCCGGAGAAGAAGGUCCCUCGUACAAUUGAGAACACCAGGGAAUUUGACGAGACGGUUUGCAAGCCCGGUGACGAAGAAGAGUUGUUCGCUGGAAAUGAUGCUGAUGAAUUCAGUUCAAUUUUGCAUAAGCAAUAUACUCCCAAGAUAUUAAUCACCACUUGCCGCUUCCAUUCUACCAGAGGACCUGCAUUUAUAUCAGAGUUGCUUUCUGUUAUACCAAAUGCUCAUUACUAUAAGAGAGGAACAUAUGAUCUGAAGAAGAUUGUAGAAUAUGCAAAGAAUAAAGAAUUCACUUCUAUUAUAGUUGUUCACACCAAUCGUAGGGAACCUGAUGCUCUUUUAAUAAUUGGCGUACCUAAUGGGCCCACUGUUCAUUUCAAGCUGUCAAAACUUGUUUUGCGCCAGGAUAUCAAGAAUCAUGGAACUCCAACCAGUCACAAGCCUGAGCUUGUACUGAAUAACUUCACAACACGGCUAGGGCAUCGAGUUGGAAGGUUGAUACAGUCACUUUUUCCACAAGAUCCAGAAUUUAAAGGCCGACGAGUAGUCACCUUCCACAACCAGAGAGAUUUUAUCUUCUUCCGGCAUCAUCGAUAUAUUUUUGAAAACAAAGAAGUUAAAAAACCCGAGUCAAGGGAUAAAAAAGACAAAGAUGGCAAGAACGAGAAUGUUACUGAACAGACAACAAUUGCCCGUCUUCAGGAGUGUGGUCCUCGUUUCACGUUGAAGUUAAUUAGCCUGCAACAUGGAACGUUUGACACUAAGGGCGGGGAAUAUGAGUGGGUUCAUAAGGCGGAAAUGGACACAAGCCGAAGAAGGUUUUUCCUAUGA